UGUCUCUUUGUAGGGGACCCUGCAGAAGUUCGUGGACGAUGUCUUCGUGGCGAUCCUCAGUACGAAGCGUCCUCCUCCGAUCGCUGUCAGAUUCUUCUUUGACUUCCUGGACGACAUGGCAGAGAAACACGGCAUCGACGACCCCGAGACCGUCCACAUCUGGAAGACCAACAGUCUCCCUCUCAGGUUCUGGGUGAACAUCCUGAAGAACCCUCAGUUUGUUUUGGACGUUCAGGUAACCGACAGCAUCGACGCCGUCCUGUCUGUCAUCGCUCAGACCUUCAUCGACUCCUGCACCACCUCGGAGCACAAAGUGGGACGGGAUUCUCCUGUCAACAAGCUGCUGUACGCCAGAGAGAUCCCCCGAUACAAACAGCUGGUAGAGAGGUAUUACAGCGAUAUCCACAGCGCUGCGUCAGGCUGUUAUCAGGAGAUGAACUCCACUCUGACUGAACUGUCUGGGAGUUUUGCCUCAGAGAUGAACAGUGUUGUUGCUCUUCAUGAACUCUACAAGUACAUCAACAAAUAUUAUGACCAGAUCAUCAUGUCUCUGGAGGAGGACACUUCAGGUCAGAAGAUGCAGUUGGCCUAUCGGCUCCAGCAGGUCGCCGCCCUGGUGGAGAACAAGGUCACUGACCUCUGACCCCGUGACCCUGAAGACACUAAGACAAGCUUCCUGUUGGACGUCUGGAAAUCAUUCUCCUGUUAACAUUGUCUUCCUGCUGUGUGUGUGUGUGUGUGUGUGUGUGUGUGUGUUUACACUCAGACUCAGGAGAUCCUGGUUCUCUAGAGUCCUUCACUCAAACUAAACCUGAACCCGGCUUUAGACCGACCCGACAAUCGAACCAAUCAGAGAGUUUCAUCAUCACCUGCUGCCUUGCACUACAUUUCCCAGAGUACCCUGCGGUCCGGCUGUCUGUGUGGAGUCAGACAGUUAAUACUGGUCACAUGUAUUGAUUACUUGCCUGCUGAUGUUUUGUAUUGACAGUAUUUUUAGCUCUUACGACUGAAACCAGCAGGAUUGUGAGUGUUUUUAAACCCGACACCCUCAGGACCCGACCCACACUGGUUCAGUCUUCCUCAGGUCCAGGUUGAGUCCACGUUGACUCGCCAGGAUUCAGGUUUUACAUUAAUAUCAGUGUAACAAGUGGUGAAUCAGCACACAGCAGUGAUGCUUGUUUAGCUCAUUGAGAGUAGAAACAGAAAUAAGAAUCCUUCUGAAACAAUCUGAAAUGUUUAACCUCUGUUUGUUUGCUCUUUACUAACUUAUUACAUGUACAUACCGUCAGUCCUAUUUAUACGUAUUUAUUCCAGCUGUGCCUUCAUGCAGCUCGAUGGCGCUGUCUGUCUGUUCUUACAGCCGCCUUGUUGAUCAUGUGUCCCAGUGCAUGAUGGGAACAUAAACUCAUUUCAAUGUGUAACUCUUAUUGAACCAGGGAGGGAAAACAACAACUUAAUCAUCUACAAAUACCCAGACAGCCUGAGUAUGACUGGGUGUCCAGCUAGCAUAGCAUUAUGCUAAUGCUAUGCUAGUUUGACAAACACAAUCACAACUCUUUCACUAGAUUGAGUUGAGAUUGUAGCCAAAGUCGAGGGUUAACUGUCGAGUGUUUGUAGCGGCUACGGCGUGAGCUAGCUAGAAACAGUGCAGACGAGCUAGCUCUUUGUUUCUCACUGAUUAUUGUGAAGCUGAACAUCCCAUAAUACACACCAGAAAACAAAGGUAGGGUGUUUUAGUGAGCUGCUGCUUCACGUUCCAUUAGCUCUGAUAUCCCCCCCCCGACUCUCCAGCCUGAGAUGUUAUGAUAUAAUAGAAAGCAAUAACAUUUUUAGAAAAGACAAAGGUUGUUUUUUAUGAACAAAGACAGUUGGGCGACAUGUGAGGAUAUUAUCCGUGUUAACGUUUGACUGUGUAAAUCAAUCAAUAACCAGUUUAUUGAUGUGAUGACGUCACUGAUGACGUCGCCGAGGACUCUGAGGUUUGGAGUCUCUCUGCAACACUUUGUUGUUUCAGCUGUUUGUGUCACAAAGUGAAGAUGCAGAGUUUAAACAGGCUUCAUAUGCAGCUCUGCGAAACAGGACACUUCCUGGACUCUCCUGGACUCUUGACAGGAUACUUCCUGGACUCUGCUGGCUCUCCUGGACUCUUGACAGGACACUUCCUGGACUCUGCUGGACUCUUGACAGGAUACUUCCUGGACUCUUGACAGGACACUUCCUGGACUCUGCUGGCUCUCCUGGACUCUUGACAGGACACUUCCUGGACUCUGCUGGACUCUCCUGGACUCUUGACAGGACACUUCCUGGACUCUGCUGGACCCCUGACAGGACCCCUUUGAGACCUGUAUGUUCUUCAGUGUAAAUGGACUCUGACUGAUGCUGGUCCCAUCAGGCAAUAACAGACUUCCUGUCUGACAUUUUGGUAUAAAAUGAGCCGCUUGUUGAAUGAUCUUCUGUACUUUUCUUCUUCUAGUGUUUCUGAUGAUUCUCUCUGUUUAAUCUUUAAUCUCUCCUCUGUGUUGCUUGUUUUCGAUAGUUAUCGUUCACUGAUCAGAUUACAAUUUUGCAUGUGUGUGAUGAUGAUGAUGAUUUGUUUUAAUGGUGGCAGAAGGUCCUAGUUUGACCUCCUGAUCGCUGUUCCGUUUUUUAAUCUUCUGGGACAUGAUGAAACAGAUCCUGAGCUCUGAUUGGUCGAGCUCUAUUUGUUACUGAAACGUUUUUUCUACAAGGGAAUAAAAACUUUAAAGGGUUUGUAUAAAGUGACUCCUGGAUCAGAUGUGAUGAAGCACAGACUGCUUUUCUACUGACUGUACAGUUUGCCAACAAUGUGUAAAUGUGCCUGUAAAUACCUCUCUGAGGAUGAGGAGGGUGAGGAAGACAAGUCAGACUGCAAUGGAAAUGUGUUUUUAUUGUGAAGAGGCUGGAGGCCAAACAAGUUGUAUCAUGUAAAAAUAAAGUUACAAUUUUAACAAUUC